AUGGGGAAGAGGGGAAUUGAAAAAUCUUCAUCAUUCUGGAAGACAUUCUGCGCCACCAUCACCCCCGGCCGCAGCACCACCAUCACCGUCACCACCACCUGCACCAUGGUCUCCGCCCGCACCAUCGCCACCCAUACCUCCGAGAGCCUCGGGAGGACUCGGCGCGAGGGGAAACUUGCUGUACACGCCCAACACUUUCUGGACAGCGAUUCAGGCCGCCUUUUCGAACGCACGAUCGCGGAGUCCGUGCGUGAGGAGGUUUACGAGCGUGAGGCUCACGUCGGAAAUGUCGAUUCCUCCGGCCGAGUUCAACUUGGCGUCUCCCACUGUCACACGCAGCUUGGUGAAAUGAGACUCGGGGCGAAGGGAUAG